AUGAAUCAGGAGCUGAUUCAAUUUAGCUUGAUCGGUCGCGAAACGUUAUAUGUGGUCGCCGAAGCAACACGCUCUUUGAACUUGGGUGACACUAGCGUUUGCGACAAUGAAGGCGAUCGCUUGUGGAUGGGGUGUUCGAAUGGUCCUGUUGCCGGAACCUUGUGUGAGAAAACAAUAACACUGCACCCAACCCCCGAAGAAAGACAUCGUUUCUUUAUUGUCGAAGAUUUGAAAGAACAUCCCAUCUAUUGCAAAAUUCCAUGCGUGGCCGGCGCCCCGCACUUUCGAUACUAUGCCGGUACUCCUCUGACGACUGCUACUGGUAUCAAUAUCGGCAGCCUCUAUGUUAUCGACCCGCGGCCAAAUUUACACCUAAACGAGCUCCAAAAACAGACACUUGGUGUCAUUGGGGCUGCAGUCAUGGACUAUCUGGAGACAUCUCGUCAUUUGCUGGAAAGUGGGCGUCUAGCGAACCUGCUAACGGGCCUAAAUUCUUUUGUUCAAGGCGAGGACAGGAUUGAGUCUAUCAAUGAACCCCUUUCGAGAACACCAAGCUCAUCGGAGCUAGAUCAAUCACGCACACCCAGCCCUCUCACAAUCCCAACCGAAAGACUAGAGAGCGAUCAUUCGCAAAUUACCAGGAAAACAGGAAGAAAUAAACCGCAUUUGGAAGACAGCCCCAGGAUUACUUCAGACGCUACAUUGACAACCAACAGCGAUCACAAUACGUCAUUCCAACAACCCAAUGCCUCGAUCAAUCGCUUGACAAACAAGAACGGCUUGGUAUUUGCACGCGCAGCCAAAAUCAUGCGAACGAGCCUGGACCUUGGAGAAGAUGGUGGUGUCGUCAUAUUCGACAGCAAUGCCACUCCUGGGUCAGACCCUGACGAAGAUCCAGUAGAUACGCAGGCUGUCACUCGGCCCCUUGCCAAGAUCUGUGCAAUUUCAAAAAAGCACACCAGCACGGUCAAUGCCCAAGAUCAUCCGAAUUCUUUGCCGAGUUCUCAAAUGGAUCGGGGUUUUCUGAAGCGUAUACUACGCAGGUUUGGUAAAGGUGCCAUUUGGUAUUUCCAUGAAGAUGGAACCGUUUUCUCGUCAGACGAUGAUACAAGCAAAUCAGAAAACGAAGGAGAUGAUCAAAACCCCUCUUCCCAGAGCCCCAGAAUGACCCAGCCGCGGCAUCAGGGUGUAUUACGAGAAAAAGACCUUCGAGCUUUGAGAAAAUACUUCCCUGAUGCUACCCGUAUCAUAUUUACGCCUUUGUGGGAUUCAUUUAAGUCGCAGUGGUUUGGUGGCUGCUUUUGCUGGAGCUCAGCUGAAACUCGCGUUUUCAGCGCUCAUGUUGAACUAGGUGGUGUUCUCGGAUUCGGGUCUUCGUUGAUGAUGGAGUAUAGUCGUAUCCAAAGUCAAGAAUCGGACAAGAAAAAGGCAGAUUUUAUCAGCAAUAUCUCACAUGAGCUUCGAAGCCCGCUACACGGAAUCCUAGCUGCGAGCGAAUUCCUCAGCGAACAGGUCGGUUCCGACUUCCCCAGAACCCUACUCGAUACCAUUCGUGUCUGCAGUCAAACCCUUUUGGAUACGUUCGAGCAGAUUCUGGAUUUCACGAAGAUCAACUCUUUUCAAAAGAAGCGACGAGACCAGAAUGACCGCUUGUAUGGAGACCGGGGCGUGGCAAAAUCCCAUGCAUUGCCUGAGUCUCUACACAUAUUAAAGGUUACCAACAUUGUGGCGGUCAUUGAAGACGUUAUCGAAAGUAUUGCGUUCGGUGCAACUCAUUACAAAGGAGGACUAUAUGAUGAUAUCAGCUCCGUUCCUAUCAAGCACGUCGAUGUUUCCAUUGAUGUAGCCCCUGGUGACUGGGUCUUCGUCUUGGAGCGAGGGGCUUUGCGGCGUAUAGUCAUGAACAUAUUCAGCAAUGCGCUCAAAUACACCCAGGAAGGCUCCGUGUCGGUCCGUAUUGAGCUUCAAAAGGGCCUAAAGGGUGCAGGGAACCCGAAGACUGACGACUGCAACGCUCUUCUUUUGACGGUCUCGGACACUGGAAGAGGAAUUUCAAACGAGUACCUCCGCUCCGGCCUUUUUACUGCUUUUUCACAAGAGGACCCUCUAGCACCGGGUACUGGACUCGGGAUGUCUAUUGUUCAAAAUAUUCUCCGGUACCUCGGCGGCAACAUAAAAAUCAAGAGCCAACUAGGCAUAGGAACCACUGCUGAGAUUUCAAUACCGCUCACAUCCCCCAGAAGUGAACAUGAAAAAGACUUUAUGAUUACUCAAGAGCCUUCUGUUCAGUCCACGGUAGAUGACCUCCAGUCUCUGAAGCGUGAAAUCAGAGGGAAAACAGUCUCCUUCCUUCCCUGCGAAGGUAUCUCAUCAAAAGUGAUUCCUUCAGCCUGCACAAUCACAAAGUACUUGACGGAAUGGUAUGGUGUACAGCUUCAACCUUGGACCCUGAAUGCCCAUCCAGAUCUCAUUAUCAUUGAUGAAAAACAAAUCUCGCGCCUGUAUCCAACAAAAUCAUCCAAAGUUCUAGUUCUUUGUCGGAAUGCGCAACCAUCGCAGGCUAUCAUCCAGAGCUUGGAGCCACUAUGUGAGCGUGUUGAAUGGCUUAAUCUUCCUUGCGGUCCCCAUAAACUAGCACGGUCAAUCCAACGUUGUCUGCAAAGUGAAUCGGUCAAAUCGCACAAGGCCCAAAAUGAGUGCCCGGAUUUCGGCGAUCAACAAACUAACCCAGUUGUGCCCCUUGCAACUGCAAGUGCCAAAAUGCCACUUGUGACCCAACGCCAACUUUCCUCAAAAACUGACACGCUCCUCACUACUCUAAAAUCCCAGGUGACAAAUACUGCGCAAAAACAAAGCCAAUCGCAGCCUGAAAACAGAGAGACCCUGGUUGAACAGACUGUUAACCCUGUCGUUGGAUCUGAAGCACUUCGGAUUCUUCUGGUUGAAGACAACGCUAUCAACAUGGCGCUCCUUCAGAAGCUAGUCGCUCGGCGUCACCCAAGCAUUCUUCAUGCCGCCGUAGAUGGUCAGAAGGCUGUCGAGGCAGUCAAGAAAUUGUCUGAAGGGUACCAUCUAAUAUUCAUGGACAUGUCAAUGCCUGUGAUGGAUGGCUUCGAAGCAACAGAGGCCAUUCGAGCGCUUGAGUCGGAACGCCCGUCCAUACCACCAGCCAAGAUCAUUGCCCUAACAGGUCUGGGCUCGGAUGAACAUGUGGCGAAGGCUUAUGCCGCAGGUGUUGAUGUUUUCGUCACAAAACCUGUUUCUUUUAAAGAAAUCACUCGGUUGAUGGACGAUGUGAAGAACCACGCUCCUUCGACGAACCAACAAUGA